AUGGGAGCCCAAGGAGGUCAAAUGGAGGGCUUCUCCAGGGCCGGAGAUCGACCGGGAAACACUGAUUCAUAUGACAAUUUCAAUGGCAAUAAUACAAGGACGCCAUGGCGGCCGCAUCGAGGACGUUGGAACCCAAAAUCGGCUCUCAACCGAGAACCGGACAGGAGCGCCUCCCACACUCCUGAGAAAGCGAAUGCUGGGAAUUCGCGCCGGAAUCGCAAAGAGCGCAGUGGAAAGAACCAGGGUCGACAUUUGAAUCCGGAAGCGCAGGCGUACGGGUCGCAGAUGGAACAGCCGUUUGCUUUUCCCGGAAUACUGUCGGCUUCAUCGCAAGCCUUUCCGUCUCAGUUUUCGUCCAAUAAUGCAGGAUCAGCCCCGGAAUUUCCGAUGAAUCCCCCAAACUUCAACGCGAUGCCACCCUUCCCUGGAUAUCCAGUCCCUGCCGAUGUCUUCAAUGGCCAGGGAUUUCAAUUUCCGCCUUUCAAUCCAUCGGAUCAGCAACAACAGUACCAACCAUCUUUCAUCGCCCCGUCAUGGAAUGACAUGAAUAGCUCGGCCAAUCUACUCCCGCCGAUACCUCCUCCGGCGUUCAUGAUGAGUAUGGGCCUACAGAACCCGGCAAUGGCUGGGUCCAUGUUCAAUGGGUUUCCCUUCCUCCCCUUUGACCCCAUGACGCUCGCAACCGCCGGUUCCACAGGAGGAUUUCCAGCAAUGCCAGAAAUUCCACCCGAAGAGGCUUCGCCGAAAGGCCAGAAGAAGAAAUCGCCAUCCAAAGCUCCCCGCCCUCCUUCGCCCAGUCGGGGAUACCUUGCGCAAUCGUCUUUACCGCCUGCAGGAUCUCAAUCUCCCCAGCCUUUCCUCAUCAUUCUUGACAUGAAUGGCACGCUCAUCUACCGGAAACAUCGGCGAUUACCCCCGUCAUUCGCACGGCGGGCCGGCUUAGAGAAUUUUCUUAACACGUUACUAAGAGACUAUAAAGUCAUGAUCUGGUCCAGCUCUCAGCCGGAAACCGUCAACGCUGUUUGCGAUAAACUCUUCCCCGGCGACAAACGAAAUGCGCUUGUGGCCGAAUGGGGCCGGGACAAGUUCAAUCUACCGGUCGACCAAUACCGCGCCAAAAUCCAGGUCUACAAAACGCUGGAAACCGUCUGGGCGGACCCGAAGGUCCAAGCAUCCUACCCCAGCUCUCAUGGCAACAAGACCCGCUGGGACCAGACCAACACCAUUUUAAUCGACGAUAGCAAACUCAAGGCAGCCAGCGAGCCGUAUAACAUCCUUGAAAUCCCCGAGUUCACCAAUGCCUUCGACGACGAUCCUUCGAUUUUCCCCAAGGUUCUUCGUGUCCUUGAUAUCCUGGCAAAGCACGACGACAUCAGCAAAGUCCUCCGGGACUGGCAGUCCAAAUUAUCCGGAAAGACCAACAUCCUCGACUUUCCCUUCCAUGGUGACACCAUCGACCAUCAUUUCCUCAACGCCACGACAACCUCCUCCUCUUCCUCUUCCGCCCAACAAACCCAGCAACAACAACACCCCCGUCCUCCCCCAACUGGCCCCGAAGCAACCGCGCAAGCCCGCAAGGAGCGCCGCAAGAUCCGCAAACAAGAACGCAAAGCCCGACAGAAGGAGCGCAAAUUCCGCAGCAAGGACGAGCCCACGGCCUUGCCGGGCGGCAUCGUCUCUGGUGGCGUUCCGCUUCCAGCAGAAGCAGCAGUAGCAGGAGCCACCGCGGCGACGACGACAGCUGCGACCUCGUCAUCCACCGAGGCAGACCAUCCUUCUCCGGCCGACGCGCGUUCCCCCUCCCCGGCGACAUCAACCGAAUCCGAGAAUUAUCUUCUAGAUCGAUUAGAGGAGUCGUUGAAUGUGAACCAAACAAGAUAA